CAAAUAAGGGCGCGCCAGGCAGCGUCUGGCAGCAGCGCCGGGCUCCAGCGGCUAGAGUCGGCGCACCUGCGACAGGUGCUCCGGGGGAACCUGAACAACGGAAGACCCGCACCGGGCCUGGCACUGUGGGGAGGAUGCUGCGCGAGCGGACGGUGCGGCUACAAUAUGGGAGCCGCGUGGAAGCGGUGUACGUGCUGGGCACGCACCUCUGGACCGACGUCUACAGCGCAGCCCCAGCGGGGGCCGAAACCUUCAGCCUGAAGCACUCGGAGCACGUGCGGGUAGAGGUGGUGUGUGACGGGCAGGCCGAGGAGGUGGCCACCAAUGGGAAACAGCGCUGGCCUCUCUCACCCAGCACCACGCUGCGGCUCUCCAUGAGCCAGGCCAGCACCGAGGCCAGCAGCGACAAGGUCACUGUCAACUACUAUGAGCAGGACGGGAACACCCCCAUCGACCAGGCUGGGCUCUUCCUUACAGCCAUUGAGAUCUCCCUGGAUGUGGAUGCAGACCGGGAUGGCAUCGUGGAGAAGAACAACCCCAGAAAGACGUCCUGGACCUGGGGCCCUGAGGGCCAGGGGGCCAUCCUGCUGGUGAACUGUGACCGAGACAUACCCUGGUUGUCCAAGGAGGACUGCAGAGAUGAGAAGGUCUACAGCAAGGAAGACCUCAAGGACAUGUCCCAGAUGAUCCUACGGACCAAAGGCCCGGACCGCCUCCCCGCCGGAUAUGAGAUCGUCCUGUACAUCUCCAUGUCGGACUCGGACAAAGUGGGCGUGUUCUACGUGGAGAACCCAUUCUUCGGCCAACGUUACAUCCAUAUCCUGGGCCGGCAGAAGCUGUACCAUGUGGUCAAGUACACAGGUGGCUCUGCAGAGCUGCUGUUCUUCGUGGAAGGCCUACGUUUCCCCGACGAGGGCUUCUCAGGCCUGGUUUCCAUCCACGUCAGCCUGCUGGAGUACAUGGUUGAGGAGAUUCCCCUGACACCCAUCUUCACGGACACCGUGAUAUUCCGGAUUGCUCCGUGGAUCAUGACCCCCAACACCCUGCCUCCCGUGUCGGUGUAUGUGUGCUGCAUGAAAGACAAUUACCUGUUCCUGAAAGAGGUGAAGAACCUGGUCGAGAAAACCAACUGCGAACUGAAGGUCUGCUUCCAGUACAUAAACCGAGGCGACCGCUGGAUCCAGGAUGAAAUUGAGUUUGGCUACAUUGAGGCCCCCCACAAAGGCUUCCCCGUGGUGCUAGACUCCCCCCGAGAUGGAAACCUGAAGGACUUCCCAGUGAAGCAGCUCCUGGGCCCAGAUUUCGGCUACGUGACCCGGGAGCCCCUCUUUGAGCCUGUCACCAGCCUUGAUUCCUUUGGGAACCUGGAGGUCAGUCCCCCAGUGACUGUGAACGGCAAGACAUACCCCCUGGGCCGGAUCCUCAUCGGGAGCAGCUUUCCUCUGUCCGGCGGCCGGAGGAUGACCAAGGUGGUGCGGGACUUCCUGCAGGCCCAGCAGGUGCAGGCGCCUGUGGAGCUCUACUCGGACUGGCUGACCGUGGGCCACGUGGAUGAGUUUAUGACCUUCAUCCCCAUACCAGGCACAAAGGAAUUCCGGUUGCUCAUGGCGAGCACCUCAGCCUGCUACAAGCUCUUCCGAGAGAAGCAGAAGGAAGGCCAUGGGGAGGCCAUCAUGUUCAAAGGCUUGGGCGGGAUGAGCAACAAGCGAAUUACCAUCAACAAGAUUCUGUCCAAUGAGAACCUCGUGCAGGAGAACCAGUACUUCCAGCGCUGUCUGGACUGGAACCGUGACAUCCUCAAGAAGGAGCUGGGGCUGACGGAGCAGGACAUCAUCGAUCUGCCUGCUCUGUUCAAGAUGGACGAGGACCGGCAGGCCAGAGCCUACUUCCCAAAUAUGGUGAACAUGAUUGUGCUCAACAGGGACCUGGGCAUCCCCAAGCCGUUCGGGCCCCAGGUUGAGGAGGUGUGCUGCCUGGAGACGCACGUGCGCUCUCUGCUGGAGCCCUUGGGCCUCUGCUGCACCUUCAUCGAUGACAUUUCCGCCUACCACAAGUUUCUGGGGGAAGUCCACUGCGGCACCAACGUCCGCAGGAAGCCCUUCACCUUCAAGUGGUGGCACAUGGUGCCCUGACCUACAGGUGCUGCUGUGGGUGGUCUCAGUCUAUCAAUAACCAGUGUUGUGGCUGGACCACCCUUGUGGUUUUUAUUAUAAUCACAAGACACCCUUCAGUGAUAACCAUCAGGAAACUUUGGAAAACAAUUUUUUUUAUUACUUACAGGACCUGGAAAUUACACAGCACACCUGGGGCCACACAGUGAGGUUUGAGAGAGAGAGAGAGAGAGAGAGAGAGAGAGAGAGAGAGAGAGAGAACGUGCACGAGCCUGAGAAUCUGCUUUUAUUGGGGUCAAGGGUGGAAGCCUAGGGGCUUUCCCAGGCUCACUCACUAUUGGCAAAUUUAAAAUAUAAGAGCGGGAAUUUAAAGCCUGGGAAGAGACAAAAUGAGUAGCCCAAAUGAUCAGUUGUCGAAACCAACCAAGAUUUCUAAAGCCAAAGAGCCUGGGAGGAGGGUGCGGUGCAGCCUGGCUCUUUAGCUAGCCCUGUGGCUGGCAGUGAAUUUAUUGGAGAUAGCCAUCUUUGAAGCAGAUGCCAUCUUUGAAGUGGAUGCCUCAACAAUCAAAGCUUCAGUCAGGCACUAGCUCUACAAAAAUGAGCAAACCCAACUGUCAGAGCUACACUACAGGGGCAUUGACCGUCCCUCCUUCCCUGAGUUUUCCGGACUCCUUGCAUCCUCCCAGAACUUCCCCCUGCGUGACCUGGCCUGGGAAACCUCCCACUGGGAGACAUUGGAGGGAUUUGGGAUAUCUGUGCCUUGCUCUCGUUCAGAAGGGCCCCAGCGUCCACUAAGUCACCCACAGUGAGCCUCAACUCUGUCCUUCCUGAAAAUAGCCACUGUCUAUAUAGCCCUGACAUGAAAAAACAAAACAAAGCAAAACCAAAACCCAUGUACCCAAACCAAUCCCCAAAGAAGCCUUAGUCUCUUGUCCAAAAUUGAAGGAAAGUGAAAGGAAGGACGUUCUGGGCUCACCAGUUCUCCCGGUAGCCAUGCUCUGAAGGUCAAGGUAGAUCGCAUGGAAAGGGACCCUGGGACCCUGAACUGCCAUCAUCAUUUCAAAUUCACCUCCCAUGGGGUGUCCAGGUGGCUGCCCCAAUUAUUCCUUCCUUCCCAGCCUCUCUCAGAUCUCCUUGGCUUUCUCUCUACAGUGUAGACACCAUUGGCUAGCCUCCCCAUUCCCUGAGGGUCCAAUAAUAUAGUUCAGAACCUUUCCUGGAAGCAAAUUUUAUCAGAGCCGCCUUCUCCAUUUUCAAGAUGCUCUUUAUGUCCCAUCUUUCUCAUGGACACAGGCUCUCGCAGAUGCUUGGGGGUUUCUCCCCAGACCAGCAUCCGUAUGCCUGAGAGUUCAGUGUGUAAAGAUGCCCCGGGAUCAGCCACACCUAUCUUCUCUCGCCUGGUCUUCAAUCCUAGGGCCAGGCCCUGACCUCCCUCCUCUCACGGUGCCUCAACUUCCUAUCCCUGAUGCCACCUCUCCAAGCAGCUAGACAAGGACUUGUUCACCACCAGCCAGGCUCAGACCUUCCCCCAGGAUAUAACUAAAGACAUUUCCCUCUUCCCCAGACAUCAGACCCAACACAUAAGGACCCCGGCCUGGCCUCCCGCCAGAACAGCCAGUUCUGGGUCAGCUGCUAGCCUUAGGGAUGGAUCGAUAUCCCAUUGAAGUUCACCAGUGCAUUUGCCGAAGACCCUCUCGUGUGGACAUAACCAAAUUAGUUCCCUGGCUCCCACUGAAAACACUCAGCAUCAACUCAAGAAAGUUCCGUUAGGGCCUGCUGAUGUCAGAAGAAGAAGUGAAUUGUAAGUCCACGUUGAGGGUUAAAAAGAACCUAUGAAAAGGUUAUAAAUUUGUAUUCUUGAGCAAAUGGGAUUUUCUUCUUGGAUGAUUUCAUUCACUCAACAAACAUGUUGUGUGCCUACUAAGUGACUAAGUGUCAGGCAUGGGGCUGGGCUCUGAGGCCACCGUGGUUAGUAGCAAACCGGACCUGGUCCCUGCCUCA